AAAAUGUCACCACUGAACUGGGGAAAAGAAAACUUCCCUGGUAGGCCUAGCGAGAUUUGUCUGUCUGACAUUUCCAACUGUCUCCUCCCCUUUUCCAUGUCCAAUACGAGUUUCUUGGGCAGUCCACACAGUCCAGGACCUCCUUCCUAAAUUUAACCCCUUGGGCGAUCGAGUGGACUUUCUAUCCUAGUUUGCAAGCUGCACUUUCACGGAGAGGAGAGUCUGUCGAGGGAGGCGACAGACCUGGAAACAGUCCCUCGCGAAAUGGUGUUGAUGGUAGAACAACCAGAAAGAGUUCUUACUCCGUUAUGUACACCAGAAGUGAUCAAAUCCUCGAGGAAAGAUGCGCGAACACUUCAAUCCAAUUUGGAAGCUGAGAAUGGAGAGGACCGGUCAAGGAGAAGCGUCAGGAUGGGUGGGGAUCCGGCUCUCUUCUCUCUGGAUACCCCCGAGUCGGACGUCCCGGAAAGCAAGAAGAAGCCCCCUCUCAUGAGGUUGAAGCCCGUGGACCAGAUCUCGCCACUGCAAAGUCCAAGCGACUGUGAAACAAAGUCGGAGAGGAAAAAAGCCCAGUCCUCACAGUUUUCCAAAGCAAAUGCACAAUAUCACAAAGUCUUCAAGGAUCUCAACAAAGAUGAAGUGCUGAAACAAAGUUACACGUGUGCCUUGCAGAAAGACAUCCUUUAUCAGGGUAGACUGUUUGUGUCUCACAACUGGAUCUGUUUUCAUUCCAAAGUCUUCGGCAAAGACACUAAAAUUGCCAUUCCAGUGCCUUCAGUAACGCUCAUCAAGAAAACGAAAACCGCCAUCUUGGUUCCAAACGCCAUAGUGAUCGCCACAGCCAGUGAAAAGCAUGUAUUUGUAUCAUUCCUGUCACGUGAUACCACCUACAAGGUCCUAAAAUCCAUCUGUAUACACCUGGAGCUCGACAACACAGGCAGCAGUCCUGUCACGUCGUCAGCAGAGAACAGCUUCAGAGCCGAGUGUCCGUCCACCCUGCCCCUGGAUUUCUCUGCAGAAUUCUCAGAUUUGGAUGGAAUGGUGCGUCAGAGGAGACAGGAGAUGCACGAGAGCAGCAGUUCUGGCUCUCAGACGCCCGACUAUGAGAAAAUAGCAGAGUUUCCGAGCCUUCCGGAAAACUUCCUGAAUGGGGUGAAGAACGGCGAGGUGUCCGUGCAUGCCGACAUCCACCUCCAAACGCCCACCAGCACGCGCCAAGGGACCCAGGCCAAUGGCACUGGCAAGCCCGUCGUUCUGGAAGACGUGGUUCGGCAAGACAAACCGUCCCAUCCAUUGUCCCUCAACACUCUCCUGCUCAUCUAUAUGUUUUUAGUGUGUGUCCUUGUCCUGUCCUCAUGUUACAUGGCCUUUAAGAUUGUCGUCCUGGAACAGAGGCUGAACUCGCUCGGCUCAGGCGGGGAGUACCACCAACAUAAUGAGAAUGCUGUUCACCACCGGACAUACUCAGAGGUCAACGCCGAGAUUUACGGGGAGCUGUCAACAAACCUGUUCAAACUCGAAAAGAUCCAGAGGAACUUGAGGAAGCUGCUGGAGGAAACCUGAAAUACUUGAUCUUGGAUCACGGGUGAAUGUGAUGCCUUUAGAAAACUUUUGACAAAACAUUUUUUUUUAUAUAAAGGCCAUAUACUUUUUUUGAAUGGAAAAGAAUAACAUAACAUCCUAUUGUGCAAUAUACAGAAUUUUCUAUUUUUCUACUCAGGACUUGCAACAUUUUUUGCAUUUUUCACAGAGAAUAUCAGUGACAACAGUAGAAGAACGUGUACACGUAAGCUUUUUUUCUCACAGUACAGUAAUGGAACUGUGCUUGGGAUUUAUAUAAAUUGGUCCUAAGGACCUACAAAUGUUACUUUUUUACAUUUCAUCAACUAUGGACAAAUUACAGAAGUCUUUAUGUCUAUUUGACAUGACAUUUCAGAAGAUAAAAAUGUAGUCUGCAAGUUUCUGUAAUAAUGCUUUAAGCAGCUUUCUAGUAGUGGUCAGCCAUUUGCCUUUGGUCGAAGAUGGCAUUCAACAAUUUGGUACUCAAGAGCCGUGCUUCAAGGUGGCUUUGUUUUUUUUUAAAUGGUUUUAUUUCAGUGAAAGAAAUCCUGUAAGUGUAAUAUUUAACAGAACUAAUGUACAUGUAAUGUUAUGGUCUCACCUGGUGAACUAAAUCACUAUUGUACAGUUUAUUUUUGCAAUAUUGUUCAUUCUAAUGCUCACCCGGGUGUAAAAUUUCAAAUGGUGAAAAAUAUUUCUAUCGUUUACCCUGACCAAACCACAAGUCUUGUUAUUGUCAUUUCUUAUCCUUGUCUAAGACGUUUUUAAGCUUGAGACUGAAAAAAAAAUGUUAUUGCUAGUUGGUCUUAAAAUUGUUGUGGCUGGCUGCACAAAAAUGUAUAAAAAGAAGAUUUGUAAACUUGAUUAAAUUGAACUAACAUGUUUUGAGCCAGAUUCAUGAUGUCAGAAAAGCACUAUAUUAUAUUUCAGUUAUUUUCCCCAGGAAGUUGAUAUCAAAUUUGCACCUCAUCAACGCCUGAAUUUUAUGUAAAUAGAAAUACUGUAUCUGUGAAGAAUUGCUAGUAAUUGUUGUAUAUGACUAGAUUGUAAUUUAAAGUAUGUAAAAAUAAAAGCGUCAUGUAAAAACU